AUGAGCUGGAGUUUUCUUACACAGCUGUUGGAUGAGAUCUCCAACCACUCCACCUUUGUGGGCAAGAUCUGGCUCACUUUAUUCAUCAUCUUCCGCAUCGUGUUGACUGUAGUGGGGGGAGAAUCGAUAUACAACGAUGAACAAAGCAAUUUUGUUUGCAACACCCAGCAACCUGGAUGUGAGAAUGUCUGCUAUGAUGCAUUUGCACCCCUCUCUCACGUCCGGUUCUGGGUUUUUCAGAUUAUCAUGAUUACAACUCCCACUAUUAUGUACCUGGGCUUCGCUAUGCACAAGAUUGCUCGCUUUGCAGAUGAUGAGUAUAAACCACGGAACAGGAAACACAUCCCCAUGGUUAACCACGGAGCCAACCGUGAUUACGAGGCGGCGGAGGACAAUGGUGAGGAAGACCCGAUGAUGUUAGAGGAGAUUUUGACAGAGAAAGAGAAGGCACCUGAGAAGCCCACCGUCAAACACGAUGGACGGCGGAGAAUUAAGCGUGACGGGCUCAUGAAGGUGUACAUACUACAGCUCUUUUCAAGGAUCAUUUUCGAGGUGGGCUUUCUCUUUGGCCAAUAUAUCCUAUAUGGUUUUGAGGUUGCCCCCUUGUACGUGUGCACACGCAGCCCCUGCCCGCACACGGUGGAUUGCUUUGUUUCGCGUCCGACAGAGAAAACCAUCUUCCUGCUGAUCAUGUAUGCCGUAAGUUGUCUCUGCUUGACUCUCACGUUGCUGGAAAUUCUUCAUUUAGGAAUCAGUGAAAUCUGUGAUGCUUUCCGGCGAUGUGCACGGCAUCAAAGUGUUGCACACCCACGUGGCGCCAUAUGCAGACAGGUGCCCAUGGCCCCACCUUGUUACCACACUGCCCAGAAGAAGGACAAAUUGUCCAUGGGAAUGAAACCGGAGAAUAACUUGGACUCCGGUCGGGACUCUUUAGGUGAUGACAGAUCACGAGAUAUUGAACGCCUUCGUAGAUAUCUAAAGCAACACCUGGAUCUGGCCCAUCAGAAUGGAGAGAGCAUUCCUUCACGCAGCAACCCAGAGUCCAACGGCACCGCUGUUAAGCAGAAUAGACUCAACAUUGCUCAGAAGAAGCAAGGAAGCACAUGUGAAAAAGGGCUCCGCAUUUGAGUGAGAACAUGGACCAUCAUCUGCUUUCUUCUACAGAGAAGCACCCCACCUGUGGUUGGCAUUGCUCAUCUGGGAAAGUGGACCUUGUCUA